AUGCAGUUGGUGGCAGAGCUGGGAUCCCCCAGCCUCUUGCCCAGAAGGCAAGUGCCCAGCAGUGCAUGUGGCUCGUGGCUGCUUCACACAAGGAGAGCUGAAGCGCCUGGGCCAGCUGGCAUGGCUCCAGCUCUGCAGCCUGAGCAGAGGGACUCUGCAACCAGCAGCUCCGAGCUCCUCCACACAGUGAUCGGCCGUAGCAUCUUCUCAUCGAGCAUCUCCGCAGCAGCUGAGCGCAUCAGUGCCAUCCUGCAGCAGGAAGAGGCGGGGGACCGAAAGUGCCCACUGCUGUUCGUCCAGCUCAACGAGCUGCUCAGCACUGCGGCAGGCCUGGCGUGGAGAGAGACGGCUAGGUGGAUUAAGUUUGAAGAGAAGGUGGAAGACGGAGGGGAGCGCUGGAGCACGCCCCAUGUCCCAGCACUAUCCCUGCACAGCCUCUUUGAGCUGAGGACAUGCCUACAGGAGGGGAUAGUGCUGCUGGAUCUGAGUGCCCACAGUUUCAAGGAAAUAAUCGAAAAAGCACUCUCCGUGCAGCCUGAGGUAUGGGAGCCUGAUCUGCAGGACUGCCUGGCAGCCCUGCUGCUCCAACAGCCGCUCCACCGAACCACUGUGACUCCGCUGCGUGUGCUCACAGAGCUCAGCCUUGCUCCUUGCAGAGGGAAGGCCAAAUCCUACCCUGAGCCCAGAACCCAGCUCUCAGAAAUGCCUCUGAAGGAGCAGCUGAGAAAUCGAUUUAAGAAGAAGCUCCUGCCAGGGUCUGAAGUAGCCAACGUUAUGGUUGGGGAAGUCAACUUCCUGAAGAAGCCAUUUCCCGUCUUCAUUCGCUUAAGAGAGGCUGUGACCCUUGGCUCACUGACCGAAGUUGCCCUACCCAGCAGGUUUCUUUUCAUUCUGCUGGGCCCCCAAGCCAAAGCGAAAGCCUACCAUGAGAUUGGAAGGGCUAUGGCCACACUGCUGACAGAUGAGCUCUUCCAAAGGGUUGCCCGGCAGGCUAAGCACCAAGAAGACCUCAUUGCAGGGAUUGAUGAGUUUCUGGAUGAGCUGACUGUGCUUCCUCCUGGGAAGUGGGACCCCAGUGACCGAAUUUCUCCACCAAGCCUCCUGUUGUCCCCGAACAAGAGGGUCUCCGUGCACCUGCGGGAGUGGAAAUCUCACUGCAAUGGGAACACAACAGCUGCCAAGGACAGGCCCAGCCCGGCGCACCUGCAUACCAGUGAGGAGCUGGAGAGGACAGGAAGGCUCUUUGGCGGGCUGCUCAGAGACAUCCGAAGGAAGGCACGUUGGUACCGCAGUGAUUUCUCUGAUGCCAUGCACAUCCAGUGCCUGUCAGCAGUUCUCUACAUCUACCUGGCAACGGUCACCAAUGCCAUUACCUUUGGGGGCAUGCUGGGGGAUGCAACAGCCAACAUGCAGGGCGUGCUAGAGAGCUUCCUGGGCACUGCCCUUGCUGGCUCCAUCUUCUGCCUCUUCUCUGGCCAGCCACUGACCAUCCUGAGCAGCACUGGCCCAGUUCUGGUCUUCGAGCGCCUCCUCUUCUCCUUCAGCGAGGACUAUGGUCUGGACUACCUGGAGUUCCGUCUUUGGAUUGGGCUCUGGGUGGCCUUUUUUGGCUUGGUUUUGGUGGCCACUGAAGCAAGUCACCUGGUGCAGUACUUCACCCGCUUCACUGAGGAAGGCUUCUGUGCCCUCAUCAGCCUGAUCUUCAUCUAUGACUCUCUAAAGAAGAUGCUGAGUCUGACAGAAGCCUUCCCCAUCAACUGGCACUACCGGGCUGACGAUGUGACCUUGUACAGCUGCACCUGCAACUUGUCUGGCCCAGGCCACCUCUCAGAAGGCAACAACACGCUGUCUCCUCCACCUACAGCCCUGCAGCAGCCUCCUGCAGCCUCAGCAGCACUGAGCAAGGCCCAGUGCCUGGGCCAAGGAGGCCACCUCCUGGGGACCAGCUGCCAGUAUGUGCCUGACAUAGCCCUUCUGUCCUUCCUCCUCUAUGGAGGCACCUUCCUCUGCUGCACCAUGCUCAAGCACUUCAAGAGCAGCCGCUACUUCCCCAUGGGGCUUCGGAAGCUGGUGAGUGACUUCUCCAUCAUCCUGGCCAUCCUCAUCUUCUGUGCCAUUGAUGCGGCCCUUGGCCUGGAGACCCCCAAGCUCCUGGUUCCCAGCGAGCUGAAGCCCACGAAUCCCAUGAGGGGCUGGAUUGUCUUCCCCUUCGGAGCCAACCCCUGGUGGAUCUGUCUGGCAUCUGUGGUCCCUGCCAUCCUCGUCACCAUCCUCAUUUUCAUGGACCAGCAGAUCACAGCUGUCAUUCUUAACCGCAAGGAGUAUAAACUGCAGAAAGGGGCAGGCUUUCACCUGGACUUCCUCUGCGUCUCACUCCUGAUGAUCGUCACCUCUGUGAUGGGCCUCCCCUGGUAUGUGUCGGCCACUGUCAUCUCCCUGGCACACAUGGAGAGCCUCAGGAAGGAGAGCACUGCCUCGGCUCCAGGCGAGCAGCCCGAGUUCCUGGGCAUCAGGGAGCAGAGGCUGACUGGCCUGGUGGUCUUCAUCCUGACGGGAGUCUCUGUCUUCAUGGCACCCAUUCUCAAGUAUAUCCCAAUGCCGGUGCUGUAUGGGGUCUUUCUGUACAUGGGAGUGGCGGCUCUGAACAGCAUCCAGUUUAUGGACCGAGUGCGGCUGCUUCUGAUGCCUGCAAAGCACCAGCCAGAUCACCUCUACCUCCGCCAUGUGCCACUGCGCCGGGUGCACCUCUUCACCUUCAUCCAGCUGCUGUGCCUGGCCAUGCUCUGGGUCAUCAAGUCCACUGCAGCUGCCAUUGUUUUCCCAGUGAUGCUGCUGGCCCUGGUGGGGAUCCGAAAGGCGCUUGAGUGUAUCUUCUCCCUGCAUGACCUGAGCUGGCUGGACAACAUCAUGCCUGCAGCAGCCAGGAAGGAGGCAGAGGGAAAACUGCACAGGAAGAAGGAGGAGCAGGAAAGCAAUGCUGAUGAAGAGUUCGAGCUGAUGUAUCGCCAGGGACCAGAGAUCAACAUCUCCGUGAACUAGGGCUGUGGCCGGGACCAGGCCUGCUGCUCGCCUCCUGCUCAGCACUGACACAGGGCCCGCUGGCGGGCGCUUAUCGCCUCUGCGUUGCAGCAGGACCCAAACCUGCGCUCGCCCCGCUCCGUGCCGGGCCCCAGGCUCGGGCUGCGGGCAGCCCCGCUCCGGUCCCGGCCCGGCCCUCGGCCUGCAGGUGUCGCGGGCCCGUGGCACGCUGGUGGAUUGUAAAACUCGCCCGGAAAAUGACAGAUAAUUGGCGUUUGAAUAAACGGCUCUUUGACCCUGUGCCAUUCGCUCAGCUCUUCCUUCUGCAGGGAAAACCGCGCUCCAUCUCGGACUGAGCCCACCUGGCCGGACACGCGCGCGGCACUGACAGAGGCCAAGUGGCCGCGCGGGCGCCGUCACCGGCCGGAGCUGCAGGUGAUCCGAGUGACGGCGUGUGGGGCCAAUCGCGCCCUCGCUGGGGGCGGCGGGGCGGGCACUCGCGGCCGGGUUACGCGCGUUGACAGGCAGAGCCGCGCGCCAGUGGGCGCUCGAGGCGGGCGGGCGGGGUCAGCCUCUGCGCUGACGGAGACCUUCAGAGGGCGGUGAAGGGGGCGGAAGGGCCUAGGCCGCGGCAGAAGCCAAUCGGGCGGCGUCAGACAACUCGCGUUGUGAGCGACGGGUCUUCCGGGCAACCAGAAUCCCAGAUUCUCGUAUUACCGUUGAUCGACAGCCCGUUUGUCCAAUUGGCGCCCGAAACUCUGGCGGGACGCGUGACUGACGUUCCGAGUAGCCAAUCGACCCCCGGAAAGUUCAGGAAGCGAGGACAGGGAAGUGGGGCGGG